UAUCCCAUCCGACCAACUCUUACCACAAUGUACAUUCUCAGUCGAGAAGGAUGAUAAUGCUCAACCCCAAUGUGACUUCUGGAUUCACGCAGCUGUAGAGCUUGCAAAAACACCGCGGACGCUUGCGCCUAAGUCAGUCGAAUAAGGGCAAGGGCAAUGGAAAGGACAAACAGAAAGAGCAAGCAAGUGCUCUGCUACCCUCUUACGCCUAUCACGACGGGCUUGCUUCAUGAUUAUGCAUUUCAUGCGAACUUCCUCCAGGGACACGAGAAAUUCAAACUCACGCACGGGUCUUUCACCUCGAUCUUAAAUUUCCUUGGGCAAGAAUCAUUAGAAUUGCAGCUAGAACAGUUAUUCACUGUAUGGGCAUGGUCAUGGGAUUUAAGCAAGAGUUUUGAGUUGAGCAGUGACCUAGGAUUGUCGCUUCACCCCUUAUACCCCUCUAUUCCACCUCUAUUGGAUACCUUUUCGUCACAGCUACCAGCUGGACUGGACGUGUUGUUUCUUUCUCCUCACGCAGUUUCGUCUACCAGACACAGACAAUCUAAUCAUCUGCCCGCACUCUUGCGACACCUUCCGUCUCUGAUUCAACCUCAUUUACCACGGCAUAACACAGAUGAUCACCCAGAAGCCUCUUCACCCAGUGAGAAGGGAGUGACUGCAAACACGGCAGCCAAAGAAGUUGUUUCUGGCGGUUACCCCUCCAGUGGGUUCUUGGGCAUGCCUUCUAGUCUCACCAUGAGUAUGGGGGUUCGGAACUGAAGUUGGCCUGGGGCGUUAACUUUUGGGAAGGGUGCUGAACGAAAAAUGCUGGUGACAGAACAAGAAGGAAUUAAGCCUGAUCACCCUUCAUGACUGAAAGUACGA